CCCCGACCGGAUGCCCGGGACGAGAAACUGGCCCUGUACCUGGCGGAGGUGGAGAGGCAGGACAAGUACCUGCGGCAGAGGAAUAAGUACCGGUUUCACAUCAUCCCCGACGGCAACUGCCUCUACCGAGCGGUCAGCAAGACCAUGUACGGGCACCAGAGCCUGCACCCGGAGCUGCGGGAGCAGACGGUGCACUACAUCGCCGACCACCUGGACCACUUCAGCCCCCUGAUCGAGGGCGACGUGGGGGAGUUCAUCAUCGCCGCCGCGCAGGACGGGGCCUGGGCCGGGUACCCGGAGCUGCUGGCCAUGGGGCAGAUGCUGAAUGUGAACAUCCACUUAACGACUGGCGGGAGGUUGGAGAGCCCCACCGUGUCCACGAUGAUUCACUACCUGGGCCCGGAGGAUGCUCGACGGCCUAGUAUUUGGCUCAGUUGGCUCAGUAAUGGACAUUAUGAUGCCGUGUUUGACCACUCCUAUCCUAACCCGGAGUAUGACAGCUGGUGCAGACAGACUCAAGUGCAAAGGAAACGCGACGAAGAACUUGCCAAAUCCAUGGCCAUCUCCCUCUCCAAAAUGUAUAUUGAACAAAAUGCAUGCUCUUGAAGUGUCUGAAAACCUACACCCUGGGAAAGUGCAUUUACAUAAUUUGUGUUUGGAGAAUUAUACGAACUCUCAUCAGGGUAAUAGCACUUUUAAAAUUAAUAGUAGAUGACUGUAGGUGUAAUGCCUUAAGCUUUUUUUUAAUUUUGAAUGUUUUCUCAGAGCUGAAGGUUGCUGGGCACCGAAACGAUGCUUCAUGAUAGCUUUGUAUGAUCCUACUGCUAUUUAUAAUUUGCUGUAUAAAGUCAGCACUACUUAAUUUGCAAGCUAAUUUCUCACAGUGUAUAUAUUUGUUCAUUCCUGGUAAUCUAUUUUCUAUAAAAAGGUAUUUUUGCACAACAUUUUAAAAAAUUGGUGUAACUUCAUCUAUGACGUGUUCCAUUUUGACAGCUUUCCGGCAUAAAUCCAGAAAAAAGUGCUUUAUAGGAAGCUUAUUUGAAUCAAGUUUGUGAUUUAGUAGUUGUUUUAUGUUGAUGAAUUUGAAUUUUACAAGUCUUAGAUACUUUUUCAAAUGGAGAUUGAUACAUUCAUGUUAUCAGAUAAUUGGCCCAUUCCAUUUUGAUGAAACAUUUGUUUUUGAAAUCAUUAUUUUUCUAGAAAUGGUCAACCUUUUAAAGAGAAAUAAUAUGUAAGGGGAGAUUGUGGGAAGAUUUUUUUUUUUUUUUUUGAGUGCCAGCUCUUAACUUGAAUGAAAGUCUGAUAUUUGCUGAUGGCAGAGUGGUUAAUUAUUCUGGUUGAUGUUUAGAGUAGAUUGGUGCUCUCAUUCGUCUUUAUUUAUAUUUGUCAUUUUGUUGUAAAAGAAUUUUAACAUGGUGUAAAACUUUGUGAUAAAGCCUCCUGCUUUAUAUAGCUUCUUGGAUUCAACUGAGAUUUGAAAACGAAUAGGAUGGAUGCCUCGAAGCAACCUUUGCAGUUAUUUUAUAGCAGGAAAGGAGACUAUUGUCUUAAUAUUCUAAAUAUUAAGUCCUUUUAAAUUCUUUCAAAAGGAAAAAUAGGAUUGCCCUGUAUUAUGUACAAAUAAAAAUGUCUGUAAACAGAGCUUGUACGGUUUGCUGGGUCAAACAAUGUUCCCAACCUAAAAUCUAUCUCAUUUCCACUUAACUACUGUUAGUCAUAUUUAUUAAGUAACGCAGUUUGUACUUUUUUAUUUUGUAACAUUUUGUGAUUUUUUUGUACAAUACUGUAUUUGUAUAAUAGAGCAAUUCUCAGCUGGGUGGAAUGAAUAAAAUGCAUAGUUUUACUUACA